ACACACUGGAAACACACACUCUCUCUCUCUCUCAGAUGCAGCGGGUGAGCGAGGGGAGGAUGGACUGAGACGCCUGUUUGCAUCUGAAUGGAGCGUAAAGUUAUGUGCGUUUGAAUUUGGGAGGAGGAGGAAGAGGAGGACGAAGAGGAGGUCUGUCGGCUGCAGGAUUCCAUCACUCUUGGCAACCGUUGUUGAGUUACCACGGUAACGCUCUGCAACAUUCUCUGCUUCUUUGUCCUCCUUCAUCACUCCUCUUCCCCUCUCUCUCUCAUACUGUCUCUCUCUCACUCCAUCCCGUCCUUGCGUUGCUACGGCGAUGCUCUGGGACAUUCAGCGGCGUCGUUUUGCCGCCGCAGUGCCGGAGCGCAGAGCUCAAGCGUGAGUCGCAGCCGGCGGAUCACCUCGUUCUUUCUCUCCUCUUUGCUUUUGCAACUUUCAGAUUCUCGUGACCUUUAACCCCCACCCGUCGCUUCCUUUACGAAUCGUUCAUCGACCGGGAUUGGCCGGGCUUCGUCAGGUGACAUCACAGGAAGUUGGACGAAGUUUCAUCGAACUCGAGCGCUCUCCUCUGCGAUCGGCGUCAAUGUUUUCACGACUCCUUCGGUGCGAGAGACGUCGGGACUCUCCACAGGGACCAAACUCUGCUCCGUGAACACUUGUGCAAAACCCGAGCGAGAUGAGCGAGGAGGCGGAGGAGGCGCAGCUGCUGGAAGCUGAGGAGCAGGAGGAGGUGCAUCAGCAAGUGGAGGAAGAGCAGCAACAGGAGGAAGAGCUGCAGGAGGAGCAGCAACAGGAGGAAGAGCUGCAGGAGGAGCAGCAACAGGAGGGCAAACUGGAUGAGGCGCAGCAGCAGCAAGUGGAAGAGCCAGAAGAGGAGGAGGUGGUGCAGCAAUUGGAGAUGCAACAGGAGGAGGAGGAGGAGGUGGUGCAGCAACAGGAGGAUGGACUGUCUGAGGAGGUGCUAAAGAAAGAGCAGGAGGAGUUUCAGCUGCAAGAAGAAGAAGAAGAGGAGAAGGAGAUGCAACAAGAAGAGGAGGUGCAAGAAAGUGAGAAGGAGGUGCAGGAGAGUGAAGAGCUGCAGCAGCCCGAGGAGGAGGAGGAGCAGCGGCAGGAGAAGGAGGAGGAGGAGGUGCAGAGUGAGGAGAUGCCACAGUCUGAGGACCAGCAGACUGAGCAGCAGCAGCAGCAGAAGGAGGCACAGCAGACGGAGGACUUUGUGGACGCUGAGGAGCAGAACCACAACAACCAGGUGCUGAUCCGGCUGAGAGGAAUGCAGAAAUAUAAAAGUACAUCGCAGAGGCUCAAGGGGGUCCUGGAGCAGAUGGACCGUGGCGUCGUGGACCUGCAGGAGCUCCGCAGGAACUUGGAACUGGCCGCCGCCAUGCUGGACGCUGUUUACACCGACGAGACCAGGCGUCUGUUGGACACCGAGGACGAGCUCAGUGACCUGCAGGCGGAGUCGGUGCCCACUGAAGUACGCGAUUGGCUGGCGUGCACCUUCAGCAGGAAGAUGGGCGUGGCCAAGCGGCGUCCCGAGGAGAAGCCGAGAUUCAGGAGCAUCGUCCAUGCGGUGCAAGCUGGGAUAUUUGUGGAGAGGAUGUACAGACGGACGUCCAAUAUGGCGGGUCUGACCUACCCUCCCACGGCUUUGACAGCUCUCAAGGAGGUGGAUCAGUGGUCCUUUGAUGUCUUUUCCUUCCACGAGGCCACCGGAGAUCACGCCCUCAAGUUCCUGGUCUACGACCUGCUGACCCGCUAUGACCUCAUCAACAGGUUCAGGAUCCCAGUGCAGGCUCUGGUGCAGUUUGUUGAGGCUCUGGAGAACGGCUACAGCAAACACAGGAACCCCUACCACAACCUGAUCCACGCCGCCGACGUCACUCAGACUGCCCACUUCCUGAUGCUACACACCGGACUGAUGCACUGGCUCAGCGAGCUGGAGAUCCUCGCGAUGGUUUUCGCUGCAGCCAUUCACGACUUCGAACACACAGGAACCACCAACAACUUCCACAUCCACACCAGGUCGGAGGUGGCCAUCUUGUACAAUGACCGGUCGGUGCUGGAGAACCAUCACGUCAGCGCUGCCUACAGGCUGAUGGCCGAGGAGGACAUGAACAUCCUGGUCAACCUGAACAAGGACGACUGGAGGGAGCUGAGGUCUCUGGUGAUCGAGAUGGUGAUGUCCACUGACAUGUCAUGCCACUUCCAGCAGAUCAAGACCAUGAGGAACGCUCUGACGCAGACACACAGUAUCGACAAAGUGAAGGCGUUGUCUCUGAUGCUUCACGCUGCAGACAUCAGUCAUCCCGCCAAAGCCUGGCCGCUGCACUACCGCUGGACUCACAGUCUGAUGGAGGAGUUCUUCAGACAGGGAGACAAAGAGGUGCAACUCGGCCUUCCUUUUUCUCCUCUGUGUGACCGCAAAGCCACCAUGAUCGCCCAAUCACAGAUAGGUUUCAUAGACUUCAUCGUGGAGCCGACCUUCAGUGUUCUGAUUGACACAACAGAGAAGGUGAUUGGUCCUCUGAUAGAAGAGGACAGGAAGGCCAGAGAGACUGGAAACAGGAGGUCCAGUCUUACAGGAAGCGGUUCGGUUACCGUGGAGUCGGUGCAGAGACACAGCAGCAGUCGCCACGGCAACAGUGAUGACGGACAGACAGACUUCUCUCUGACGGCCAUCGACCUGCCGACUCUGAGGCUCCACCUGUCUGGUGUCAUCGCCAGCAACAAGGACCGAUGGAAGGAGCUUUCUGUGCACGAGCUGGCCGAUAAAGAGCAGGAGGAGAAAGAGAACACUGAGGUCCAAUCACAAGCCUCGCCCGUCCACACUGCCGCCGCCGAACACGCUUCCGACCAAUCACAGAACUCCGAGGACCCCCCUCCACCUGAAACACAAGUUGAAGAGGCAGCUGACCCCGUAGAUCACCUGACCUGGAACGGGGCGGGGCCGGGCGAGGAGAAGGGGGAGGACGAUGAAGUGCCUGAAAACGCCUGACGACGCUCGGUGGUGAACUCCCCCACUGUAUCUGACUGUGGCAGAUCACCAUGGCGACAGGUGGCACGGUGCGGUGACGACGAGGGACGAACUCUUUAGUUUAAACACAGCAGCUGACUCAGUGAGCCCUCAGCAGUCCCUCAGCGGUCCCCAGAGGGCCAGCAGACCUUAUGUUUACAACCGACCAAGAAAUAUCACAUUUAUCAGAUAACAGCUUCUUAGCAGCUUCAUUGUUCAUUCUCAGUGGUCAACAUGUUUAGUGAUUUUAUUAGAGACUCAGAGGAAGCAGUUCACAUUGAAAAAGGAAGAAAUCAGGCAGGUGGAAACCAAAGAGCGGACAAUGCAAUGUUAUCAGGAGGAAUGAGUCAUGGAGCUGUUAGGAGGCAUCAUGGAGGUUUUGUGGAUGCAGCCGAGCACAGUCGUGUUGUUAUACACCUCUUAUAGUAUGUUCUGAGUGUGAACAGUGACUGCUGCUCUGCUCUUUGUUCUGGCUUCAGCUAAUAGAGCAUUUUCAGGCCCUAAUCUGUGAUGCCAACACUGCCGAACAAAAUUCAGUCGAUCCUACAGGAUGUUAGUCAGAACAUUCUACAAUACAGAAUGAUCUGACCUCACCUCGUUAUCAUUCUGCUGCAGCGGGGAAAAACACUCUGACUUGUCUGCAUUUCUUUAACCCCUGUUUCGUCCUGCGGGUGAAAACUGACCAAUUUUAAAGUUUGAAAAUGUGGGAAAAAAAUAGGUAUUUUCACAGUGAAACUACUGAUGUCCGCAUUUUCAACAUUUUUGGGAAAUCUUUGAACAUUUUUUGGUGGAAAAAAAGAAAUGUUAAAAAUGUUUAUUUAGGGGCUGCACAGUGUUGUAGUGGUUAGCAAUUUCGCCUUGUAGCAAAAAGAUCCCCGGUUCAAACCCCGGGGUGGGCCUGGGAUCUUUCUGCAUGGAGUUUGCAUGUUCUCCCUGUGCAUGCGUGGGUUUUCUCUGGGUUCUCCGGCUUCCUCCCACAGUCUAAAAAUAUGCUGAGGUUAAUUGAUUUCUCUAAAUUGUCCGUAGGUGUGAAUGUGAGUGUGAUUGUUUGUCUAUGUAGCCCUGUGACAGACUGGCGACCUGUCCAGGGUGUCCCCUGCCUUCGCCCGAGUCAGCUGGGAUAGACUCCAGCACCCCCCACGACCCUAGUGAGGAUAAAGCGGUGUAUAGAGGAUGGAUGGAUGGAUGUUUAUUUAAGAACAUUCGCAUAGAAAUCAACCAAAAUCCAGCGAAUUUCACUGGAGCUCAGCCCAGGAUGUAGUGACAGUGCCCCCUCAAAAAUACUCACAGAUGGAAUUGUUUCUUAGGUGAGAACUGUCAUUAUUAGAAUGGGUAAUUCGACUUAAAAAUUAGCAGGAUAAAACUUGAAUUUUUCAGUGUGGAAGGGAGAUUGUUGUUGUUUCCUGGAGUGAAGGGAAACUGGAAAAUAGUAACACAAAAAUAUUGGAAGCCACAUGAAAUGUACGGCCGAUUAUACUCGCAGUCUAUAUCCGGUGACUAGACUAACAACAGGAUUGUAGUCCCGCAUAGCCAGAGAAUGGUCUGGUCGUGCAGAUAAUCAAAAUACUCGUGGUUGGAAGUGUUUUUACGGAAGGAUGCGAGAACUAUAAUAAAAUGGCUAAUUCACCGUAAAAACAAGCAGGGCAGCCUUACUAUAUUAUCUGAAUCCUCUGCAAAACUUGAGACUUCCAGUAUGGGAGGUCACUACCUGGAGGCGAACUAGCUGUUACUACUGCUGAGUCUGAACCGCUGGUCUUUAUCUAAACUAACGUGAGUUUUUAGUUUAAAUAUUUAAACAAAGGACUUUGACACUGAACAUUAAACAUACAAUACAAUACAUAUACUACACAGUUAAGCUUGAUUAUUGCACCCACAGCCUAUCAACUUAAUUUUAGACCUUGUAAUGUAAGAUUUUAGCUCUUUCCCCUCUAACGUGACUCCUGUAUGACAUUUACUUAUUUAAUCAUACAUUUUUAAAUCCACUUAUUGAACCUGUUUGUCAGCUGAUCAGAGAGGAGAAUCAGCCGAAACAACUGUCAGAAAUGAGGAGUUCCAGGAUGAAUGCAGCACAUUUUCUGUCCUGUAAACAGAGCUUCACAAAUUCAGGUAUUUUAUCAACGGCUAAAUGAUCGUAGCUAUCAGAGCACAUCCCUGCUUUAAUGUAAUCACCACUCCUCUAUCACCUCCAGCUCUGUCACGACACACACCUGUUUAUUUUGAAGUUGCAAUCAAAUUUGUAUCCAAGUUGUGGUCAGAUACUCUGACAAUUGUGUCGCAGUGACUUUCAGAGAUGUGUUCCUGUCAAAGUGCACGAACUAAAGCUGCAGUGAUGUUUAAACCCUCAGAGAGCAGAGCAGAGCACCGGCUUCAUCAGUGUGGAUUUCUUUACACGUUUACACACGACUGCUCGGAAGCAAGUUUUUUUUUUUUAAACAACACCGGUUGUCUCGUUGUACUUUGGGCCGGUAUGACCAUCGGUUAGCUUAGCGUUGUCCUCUCUGCCAUCGUUGUAGAAACUGUGGAGAUCAGAUCAGAAAAAGAAUUCUCCUGUAAAUCGCCGGGAGCUCCUGUACUGUCACAUUUCCCGUGAAUAAAAGAACAGCGCCUGCCCGUAGUAUCACCAUGGUGACGAGGGCAACACCGGUUUCUAUAGCAACGGCCAAUGAGCUGCAGGGUGGAACCAAAAUGGCCGACGGUGGAAACUCUUUUAGGUCCUCUGAGCACUGUGUUCGUUAAUGCAACGUGUGCUAUAGUCGUUGUGUGCUCUUUGGCUCUAUGUGUGUGUGAGGUUUUGGAUGUGUGUGUGUGUGUGUGAGAGAGAGAGAGAGAGAGAGAGAGAGAGAGAGAGAGAGAGAGAGAGUGUGUGUGUGUGUGUGUGCGCGCACUGUUUUCUGUACAGCUGUUUUCUGUAUUAUUGUAUUAAACAUGCAGAACUCCA